UAUUAUUCACACUUGUCCCACUAUUUCAUCUUUGGUCUAGUGGCAAAAAUGAAACCUCUGCUUCAUUAUCCAUCUUCUUCCAUUAUUAUUUCAUUUUUCUCCUUCACCAUUUUGAUGAUCUUCAUCAUCAAUAUUCCAACGUGUAUGUGCAAUGAUUACACAGACUGCAACGAAGCUUUUGAAUGCGGAAGUAGCAGCAUCACAAACCUCAAGUAUCCAUUCUGGGGAAAUAACAGAGAAGAGCGUUGUGGUAGUGUUUCUGAUCCUAAUAUGGAGCUUACAUGCGAAGAAAGUGUUCCAAAGAUAACCAUCAAUGACGUCAAAUACCGUAUUCUUGAAUGGGACAAUACAACACAGAAACUCACAGUCGCUAGAGACGAUUACUGGGGUGGUAUUUGUACUGUGAGUGUGAGUGUGAGUGACAAGCCUAAUAACAGCACAUUUGAGAGCGCUGACCAGUUUCAACCUUAUGGUAGUGUUUCUUCUCAACUAAAUCUGUUAUACAAUUGUGAUACAACUGUAUUGAAUGUGGUUUAUAGUGCCAACUGCGGAGGUAAUAUUGAAGUUGUGUACACCCUUUCGGAUCCUCGUUCGCUCUCACUCACAUGCAAUCUGAGUGUUAUUAUUGCGAUUCCAAUUUCGGUAACAAGAAUUACAAAUCUUGAUGAUAUAAACGAAGCAUUACAAGGCGGUUUUGAUUUGAGGUGGAUGGGAAAUUAUGCAGAUUGCCAGAGGUGUGUUGAUUCUGGUGGUGCGUGUGGCAACAAUGGAACUGAAUUCAGAUGUUUCUGCAAUGAUGGAGCUUAUACAGAUAUAUGUGGUUCACGGAAGGCCCCAACCUCAAGUUCAAAGCGGAAUUGGGGGCCAGUGAUAAUAGGUGCUUCCAUUGCUGGAUUUGGAGUAACCGUGUUCAUUAUUAUCAUGAUUAGUCGUCGCCUUAAAAGAGGUACAGGUAGACAACAAAUGAUUAUUCUCAGACAACAACAACAAUCAAGUCUUAUCCCACAAACUAUCUUGAGAGAAAGAACAGAACUUGUUGACAACAAUGUGGAGGUUUUCAUGCGCAGUCAUAAUUUAUCCAUGCCAAGAAGAUAUAGUUAUGCAGAAGUGAAAAUGAUCACAAACUAUUUUCGAGAAAAGUUAGGCCAAGGAGGGUAUGGUGUUGUCUACAAAGCAAGUUUAUAUAAUAGUCGUCAAGUGGCAGUGAAAGUAAUAAGCGAGACAAAGGGAAAUGGAGAAGAAUUCAUAAAUGAAGUUGCUAGCAUUAGUAGGACAUCACAUAUGAACAUUGUGUCGCUUUUAGGAUAUUGUUACGAAGAGAACAAAAGAGCGCUAAUAUAUGAAUUCAUGCCCAAAGGAUCAUUGGAUAAGUUCAUCUACAAAAGUGAAUUUCCUAAUGCCAUUUGUGAUUUUGAUUGGAACACUUUGUUUCGAAUUGCAAUUGGCAUUGCUAAAGGUCUAGAGUACUUGCAUCAAGGAUGUAGUUCAAGGAUUCUACAUCUUGAUAUAAAACCUCAAAACAUUCUUUUGGAUGAAGAUUUUUGUCCAAAAAUCUCAGAUUUUGGACUAGCUAAAAUAUGCCAAAGGAAGGAUAGUAUUGUGUCAAUAUUAGGGGCAAGAGGAACUAUAGGAUACAUGGCACCAGAAAUAUUUAGUAGAGCGUUUGGUGGAGUUUCGUACAGAUCUGAUGUAUAUAGUUAUGGCAUGUUGAUUCUUGAAAUGAUCGGAGGAAGGAAGAACUACGACACGGGAGGGUCAUGUACUUCUGAAAUGUACUUUCCAGAUUGGAUUUAUAAGGAUCUUGAGCAAGGGAAUACUCUUUUAAAUUGUUCAACAAUCUCGGAGGAAGAAAAUGAUAUGAUCAGAAAGAUUACUUUGGUGAGUCUAUGGUGCAUUCAAACUAAACCAUCAGAUAGACCACCGAUGAAUAAAGUAAUAGAAAUGUUGCAAGGACCACUUUCAUCGGUAUCAUAUCCUCCAAAGCCUGUCUUAUAUUCACCCGAAAGGCCAGAACUACAAGUGUCAGAUAUGUCUUCAUCCGAUUUGUACGAGACAAAUUCAGUUACAGUAUCAAAAUAAUUGUUAUUUCUAUAAAUUCAAUGGACUAAUUAAUUUGUGUAA